AUGAAUCUUGUUGUUAUUCCAUCAAGUUGCACUUCAAAAUUACAACCUUUAGAUGUUGCAAUUAAUAAAAGUUUCAAGUCUAAAGAAUAUUACAAUACAUGGAUAUCAUCUAUGAUUCAUACUUUUAUGCUAUCAGGUCAUAUUAAAAGACCUUCAUACUCAACUGUAGCAACUUGGGUUAGAGAUUCAUGGAAUAGAAUUGAUACAGAUCUUAUUAGAAGAUCGUUUAAAUAUUGUGAGAUCUCGAUACAAACUGAUAGUUCUGAGGAUGAUAUGCUCUUUGACUAUAAUAGUUUGUUAGAACAAAAUGAGGAUAUAGAUGUUGAUGAUAAUGAAUAUAGCAAUAAAUAUUCUGAAGAUGAUGAAUAUAGAAAUGAAUGGAAUAUUAUACAUGAUAGCUAUAAUAACAAUGCUGAUGAAGAAAACAACAAUAAUAAGUGA